AAAAAAAAAAAAAAAAGAGAGAGAGAGAAAAGAAAGAAAACUUCUGCAUCAAUCCGUUUUAAUUUCUUGUUUCCAGUAAUUUUUUUCUGAUGAACUGUACUCUUCUGUUGAAUUAUUUGAGACUUGAAUGUCUUUAAGGUGCAGAGACCGAGAGAUCCUGAACUCAAUUCUGUUUAUUAAUAUUGAAUUGAGUGCUCUGAAGUUUUUGUGGGGUUGGAUUGAUUACACCUGUUAUACUUUCUUCUGCCACUGCCAUCGAAAGUCGGGGAGUCAUUAGCAUCACAUAAGAAAAGAUGGCGAAACGGUCGUAUGCCUCGUGGUGGGAUACCCGUAUAAGUCCCAAGAACUCAAAAUGGCUCCAAGAAAAUCUCACAGAUAUGGAUGUCAAAGUUAAAUCAAUGCUACAGAUCAUUGAGGGAGAUGUGGAUUCCUUUGCCAGGAGGGCAGAUAUGUAUUACCAGAAACAACCAGAGCUUAUUACAUUGCUUGAGGAAAUUUAUAGAGGAUAUCGUGCAUUGGCAGAAAGAUAUGACCAUGCAAACUCUAUGAUUCGUUUUGCCCACCGUACUAUAGAAGAAGCUUUUCCAAAUCAAGUCCUGUUGAUGUUUGCUGAUGAUUCACCGGCGAGUGAUGUUUCUGGGACUGAUCCAGGAACUCGUGAUAUGCCGAUACCGGAAGGUAAUUCUGAGGAGAUUCUAUGGUUGAAGGAGGCCCUUGCGAAACUGGAAACUGAGAAAGAAGCUGGCCUUGUUCAGUACCGACAAAGUUUGGAUAAAGUGUCCCUGCUUGAAGCUGAGAUCUCCAAGACCAGGGAGGAUUUCAGCGUGCUCAGUGAUCGGGCAAACAAAGCUGAAAAUGAAGUUGUUGUCCUGAAGGAAAUGCUGACCAGAUUAGAAGCUGAAAAGGAGUCUAAGCUUCAAGACUACCAACAAUUCGUUGACAGGAUAUCUAAUCCGCAGGCUGUCAUAUCUUCUGCCCAGGAGGAUGCACAGAAACUUAACAAAAGAGCGAAUAGUGCUGGAACUGAAGCGCAAUCCUUAAAAUCUGAACUCGAUAAGUUGGCUGUUGAAAAGGAUGCAGCUCUCGAUCAGUACAUGCAAUCACUGGAGAUCAUAUCAGACCUGGAGCACAAAUUACAACUUACUGAGGAAGAUGCCAGAGGGUUCAAAGAGAGAGCUGAAAAAGCGGAGAGUGAAGUUGAAAUUCUGAGACAAACCUUUGCCAAGGUGAGUUAAAUCUACCAAGCUUGAAAAUGCUUUUCAAUACAACUAAAUUUCUGUACCAGCUGGCGUAUUCCAUUGAUCUUGUCACAAAGACAACCAUAUUUUCCAAAUACUAGCAUGUUUUGGUGAUAAAACCUGGUUCACUUUGAAUCAUGGUGGGUGCAGAUGGACAUUGAAACUGAUAUAUUCUGGAUGAAAUUACCUUUGGACCUUUUGAUAUCAGGAUUACCCAAUUCUGAUAACUGCGUUUUUCGUAUUGUAUUAAUUUAUUUGUAGUAAAAACUUUUCCAGAACUUAA